GCGGCUCUCGCGAGAGCCUGGCGCGCGGGGCGGGGGGGGCGGCGGGAGCCCCAGCGCGAGCGGCGCCAGCGCGCGGACCCGGCCCGGCGCCCUCAGGCUGCAGGAGGGAAGGAUGGGGGACGACAGACCCUUCGUGUGCAGCGCCCCGGGCUGCGGGCAGAGGUUCACCAACGAGGACCACCUGGCUGUGCACAAGCACAAGCACGAGCUGACCCUCAAGUUCGGCCCCGCUCGCACCGACUCCGUCAUCAUCGCAGACCAGACUCCGACCCCGACCCGGUUCCUGAAGAACUGUGAGGAGGUGGGGCUGUUCAACGAGCUGGCCAGCUCCUUCGAGCACGAGUUCAAGAGAGCUGCUGAGGAUGAGGAGAAAAAGGGCUCCGGGGCCCUGGACAUGUCCCUGCCCUCCACUCCGGACAUCAGGAUCAAGGAGGAGCAGCCGCUGGACGUGGACUCGUCCCCGCCCGACAGCCCCGGGGGCUCCCCCCGGGACAGGGACAGGGACAGGGACAAGGACAAGGACAGGGACAGGGACAGGGACAAGGCCGUGAUCCUGUCCACGCCCACGCCCACCAUCGUGCGGCCGGGCUCGCUGCCGCUGCACCUGGGCUACGAGCCCCUGCCCCCCGCGCUGCCCUCCCCCACCUCCGUCAUCACCCAGGCGCCCCCGGCCAGCCGGCAGCUGGGGUCUCCCUCGGGCUCCCUCCCCCUCGUGGUUCAGCUCGCCAAUGGCCAGACCGUGCCCGUGCUGCCCGGGCCCCCCCUGCAGAUGCCGUCGGUCAUCUCGCUGGCCCGGCCCGUGCCCGUGGUGCCCAACAUCCCCGGCAUCCCCGGGCCCCCCAUCCACAGCAGCGGCUCCGUCUCGCCCUCGGGGCUCCCGGUGCACUCUGAGGCCAAAAUGAGGCUGAAGGCCAGCCUGGCAGCGUCCUCCUCGCUGAACGGCAGCAGCCUGGCCGUGGGCUCGGCCAGCACCAUGGUGACAGCGCGGCCGGAGCAGAGCCAGACCCUGGUGCAGCACCCCGACGCCCCCUCCCCUGCCCAGCCACAGGUGUCCCCAGCCCAGCCCACGCCCAGCACGGGCGGGCGCCGCAAGCGGGCAGCGGACGAGGACCCGGACGAGCGGCGGCAGCGAUUCCUGGAGCGGAACCGCGCGGCCGCCUCGCGCUGCCGGCAGAAGCGCAAGCUGUGGGUCAGCUCGCUGGAGAAGAAAGCCGAGGAGCUGACGAGCCAGAACAUCCAGCUCAGCAACGAGGUGACGCUGCUCAGGAACGAGGUGGCUCAGCUGAAGCAGCUGCUGCUGGCCCACAAGGACUGUCCUGUCACAGCCCUGCAGAAGAAGACUCAGGGCUACCUGGAGAGCCCCAAGGAGAGCUCGGAGCCCACGGGCUCCCCGGCCGCCGUCAUCCAGCACAGCUCGGCCCCCAACGGGCUGAGCGCGGCUCGCUCGGCCGCCGAGGCCGUGGCCAGCUCGGUGCUGGCCCAGAUGGCCGGGCAAAGGACAGAGCUGGCCGUGCCCGCGGCCGCGCACGUCAUCAUGGCCCCACAGUCCCAGUCUGCCGGCAGAUGAUGGCCAGAGCCCCGGAGCGCCCCGGACUGACCGCAGCCCGAGUGACCGCUGCCCCGGGCUGGCCACAGCCCCGAGUGACCGCUGCCCCGGGCUGGCCACAGCACCAGGACUGACCACAGCCCCGAGUGACCGCUGCCCUGGGCUGGCCACAGCCCCGAGUGACCGCUGCCCUGGGCUGGCCACAGACUGACCACAGCCCCGAGUGACCGCUGCCCUGGGCUGGCCACAGCCCCGAGUGACCGCUGCCCCGGGCUGGCCACAGCACCAGGACUGACCACAGCCCCGAGUGACCGCUGCCCCGGGCUGGCCACAGCCCCGAGUGACCGCUGCCCCGGGCUGGCCACAGACUGACCACAGCCCCGAGUGACCGCUGCCCCGGGCUGGCCACAGCCCCGAUGACCGCUGCCCUGGGCUGGCCACAGCCCCGAUGACCGCUGCCCCGGGCUGGCCACAGACUGACCACAGCCCCGAGUGACCGCUGCCCCGGGCUGGCCACAGCCCCAAGACUGACCACAGCCCAGAGUGGCCACAGCUCAGAGUGGCCACAGCCCCAGACUGACCACAGCCCCAGACUGACCACCGUGGGCCUGCCAGGAUCUCUCCUGUCUCCUCUGGGUUUUUACUCUUUUUGUUUUGUUUUCACUUACGGGCAGCUCUGGCGCGGUCCCGGCCCCGGAGCCCCCGGGCAGGGCGGGCUCUGCUGAACACUGAACCCUGCGGGAGCUGCCACCCUCCUGUCCCUGGGCAGGGGCUGUGACACUUGUCCUGUCCCCUGGGCAGGGGCUGUGACACUUGUGCUGUCCCCUGGGCAGGGCCUGUGACACUUGUGCUGUGUCCUGUGACACUCCGUGCUGUCCCCUGGGCAGGGGGCUGAGACCCUCUGUGCUGUCCCUGUGACACUCCGUGCUGUCC